AUGCGACGAGUCGUCGUGACAGGCCUCGGCGCCGUCACGCCACUAGGGGUCGGCGUCCGGCGCACAUGGAACCGUCUUCUCGCCGGCGACUGCGGCAUCACGAGCGUCGCCGACCGCGAGCCCAAGGAGCGCUGGCAGGAGCUUACGAGUACCGUGGCAGGCAUCGUGCCGCUUGGCGGUAUUGAAAAGGGAGGAUGGAACGCGAAUGACUGGCUCAGCGCCGCCGAGCAGCGCCGCAUGUCGCUCUUCACCCAGUACGCCAUCGCGGCGACUGACAUGGCGCUCAAAGACGCAGAGUGGAACGCUGUCAAAGAGUCAGACAAGGAAGAGACCGGUGUCUGCUUGGGGAGCGGGAUAGGGAAUCUUGACGAUAUAUACACUACGAGCUUGGAGCACUAUAAAGGGGGAUAUAAAAAGGUUUCGCCACUGUUUGUGCCCAAGAUCCUCACGAACAUGGCAGCUGGCCACAUUGCAAUGAGGUAUGGCUUCCAGGGCCCAAACCACGCGGCCACGACGGCUUGCACUACCGGCGCCCACUCCCUCGGCGAUGCAUCACGGUUCAUUGCGCUUGGCGAUGCCGACGUCAUGAUUGCCGGCGGUUCAGAAUCCUGCAUACACCCUCUGACAUUUGCCGGGUUCGGACGCGCGCGCUCACUCGCCACCGCAUACAACGACCGACCCGAGUCCAGCUGCCGGCCGUUUGACGCGGGCCGCAACGGCUUCGUCGUCGCCGAGGGCGCCGCCGUCUGCGUGCUCGAGGAGCUGGAGCACGCCAAGGCGCGCGGCGCCCGCAUCUACGCCGAGAUCAAGGGCUACGGCUGCAGCGGUGACGCGCACCACAUGACGGCGCCGCGCGAGGACGGCCAGGGCGCGUUCCUGGCCAUGAGGAGGGCGCUCCGCAACGCCGGCGUCAGGCCCGCGCAGGUGGGCUACAUCAAUGCCCAUGCCACGAGCACCGAGGUUGGCGACGUGGCGGAAACCACGGCCAUACGGCGAAUAAUGACGGGAGAGGAGGGCGUGUCGUCGGAGGGACAAGUCACCGUCAGCAGCACCAAGGGCGCCGUCGGACACUUGCUGGGUGCAGCGGGGGCCAUUGAGGCCAUGUUUACGAUACUGGCCAUCCACGAAGGGAUUGUGCCUGCGACGCUGAACCUCGAGUCUCCCAAUGUUGGAGCUGACUUUGAUUUUGUGCCGCAAAAGGCCAAGGAGAAGUCGAUAGGUGUGGCUGUCAGCAACAGCUUUGGUUUCGGCGGCACGAAUAGCUCGCUGGUCUUUGGGAAAUACUAA